AUGAGUAGAUUCAGAAGCGUCCCAACGAUGCUCAAUCAAGUCAGAUCUUUGAACAUGACCACUACGCGCACAAUCGUCCAAGACAAGAACAGUAGAAGUGCCUACGCUGGACUCGUCAAAAUGUAUGAAAAUAGUCCUCGCCCGGCAAACAACCCUGCUUCGAAGAGCAAGGCGGUUGAACUGAUGAUUUCUUCGAGAAAACAAAUGAUCCUCCAAGCUCACUGCUCGAAAAAGACAGACUUUGCGCCCGCUCCUCUCACCUCGGACAAAAUGUCCUUGAUGAGCAAUUCCGUAAAAAUGGAUAAAAUUUUCGCUUCCUUCGAUUUAGAAUCCGUCCAAGUUAGUUUUGUUGGCUUUAUGGGAGACUUCGCGGUUUGGGCAGUUUUGGACCUUUCCACUGGCGAUAUUCAAUUUGUCGUCGAUGAUAGUUAG